GUUUAUUUUACAGCUCCAAGCUCCUGCAGCCCUAGUACAAAUCUCAAUUAGACCAAGCCGUUGAACUCAAACUCGCUUGCACCAAUGUCUUCUCUUCAAUCUAAAACCCUAACCAAGAGGAAGAAACCUAGACGAGUUUCCCGAGUCGACUCGGAACAACUCGACCGUAUCGACUCGCUCCCUUGGCACUCUUCUCUUCCCGAGUUCACUUCCAACGACGACACCUUCUCUAUCGUCGCCGGCACUAACGAACUCGACGGAGGCUUUUUGUCGCUCGAAGAGAUUGAUGAGUCGGCUUAUGCGUCGGAGAUUGCUAAAUUUGAAGGAGGUGGAGGAUUUAAAAAUGAGGUGAAGCCGAAGAAGCGGAAAGCGAGUGAGGGUGAUAAUGUAGGUGGUGAUGUUAAUGAAGGCUUUGCUGAUGUUUCGAAUGAAGAUGAAAGUGGCGGUGAGGAUGAAAUUGAGGAUAAAGAAGUGAAGAUUACGAAUAAGAAAACGAAGAAGAGGAAUAGGAAGAAGAAGAAGGUCGAGGAGAAAAAGGAGAUUGAGGACGUUGUGGCAGUUACCGAUGUUCCAGAAGAGAAGGAUACGUUUGAUGAUGGUGAAUUUUAUGCAUGGAAUGAACUGAGACUUCAUCCCUUGAUCAUGAAAUCUAUAUACAGGCUUAAGUUCAAGGAACCUACACCGAUACAGAAAGCUUGCAUUCCGGCAGCUGCACAUCAAGGAAAGGAUGUUAUAGGUGCCGCAGAGACAGGAUCUGGAAAGACACUAGCAUUUGGUCUGCCUAUUCUGCAACGUCUUCUGGAAGAAAGAGAAAAGGCUGAUAAUAUUUCUGAAGAAAAUGGAGAUGCGGGUUCAAAGAUUGCUGCAAGAGGUUUUAUGCGGGCUCUCAUUAUUACUCCCACUAGAGAGCUUGCGCUUCAGGUCCAUGAUCAUCUGAAAGAAGUAGCCAAAGAUACCAAUAUCAGGGUCGUUCCUAUUGUUGGUGGGAUGUCAACACAAAAACAGGAAAGACUUCUGAAAGCAAGGCCUGAGAUUGUUGUUGGGACUCCGGGAAGGCUUUGGGAGCUUAUGUCUGGUGGACAGAUUCAUCUUGUUGAGAUGCAUUCUUUGUCUUUCUUCGUGCUGGAUGAGGCUGAUCGGAUGAUUGAAAAUGGCCACUUUCAUGAGUUGCAGUCCAUAAUAGACAUGUUGCCAGGGGUAAUGGAAUCUGCUGAAGGGCGCUCUUCUCAUACACAAAGUUGUGUUACUGUGUCAAGCUUUCAAAGGAAAAAAAGGCAGACGCUUGUAUUUUCUGCAACUAUUGCCCUUUCUGCUGAUUUCCGCAAGAAGCUAAAGCGUGGGUCAGUAAAAUCAAAGCUCAACGAUGAUCUGAAUUCAAUAGAAAAUUUGUCUCAACGAGCAGGAAUGAGACCUACUGCUGCCAUUUUUGAUCUGACUAAUGCCUCAAUUAUGGCGGGUAGACUCGAGGAGUCAUUUAUUGAAUGCCGUGAGGAAGAUAAAGAUGCCUAUCUAUAUUACAUUUUGGCUGUUCAUGGACAUGGACAAACAAUUGUUUUCUGCACAUCAAUUUCAGCCCUACGUCAUAUUUCUUCCAUACUGCUUAUUCUUGGUGUCAAUGUUUAUACUCUUCAUGGUGAUAUGCAGCAGCGAGCUCGUUUGAAGGCUAUAGACCGUUUUCGAGAAAAUAAGGAUGGUAUACUUGUUGCUACUGAUAUCGCAGCAAGAGGCAUUGAUAUACCUGGUGUCCGGACCGUGGUUCACUAUCAACUUCCCCAUUCAGCAGAAGUCUAUGUCCAUAGAAGUGGAAGAACCGCCAGAGCCUCUGCAGAUGGGUGCAGCAUUGGGCUGAUAUCCCCAAAUGAUACUACAAAAUUUGCUGCUAUGUGCAAAUCAUUUUCAAAGGAAAGCUUCAAGCGAUUUCCUGUAGAACUCUCAUACAUGCCAGAGGUUCUAAAGCGCAUGUCCAUUGCACGUCAAAUUGACAAGGUUAUGCGAAAGGAAUCCCAGGAAAAGGCGAGCAAAGGCUGGUUGCAACGGAAUGCUGAAUCAGUUGAAAUGGUUGUGGAAGAGGAUGACAGCGAGGAAGAAAGAGUGAAUAUUUGCAGGCAAAAGAAAGCAACUUCAGUGCAUCUAAAGAAACUUCAACAGGAGCUCAAAGUGCUACUUUCGCGGCCGCUGCAACCCAAAACAUUCUCACAUCGCUAUUUAGCUGGGGCUGGUAUAUCCUCCCUUCUUCAAGAUCAAUUUGAGGAAUUAGCUAGACACAAACAGGAUGACACCAAGAACUCUGGACAUGGCAACUCCAAGAUGGUUGUCAUAGGUCAGAGUUGCGUGGAACCGCUUGAAGCACUUAGAAGUUCGGGUCAUGAGGUGCACAUGGAUUUCAAAGGGGGCGCAGAAAGACGGAAAAGAUUAGAAAACCUAAGAAAGAAGAGAAAAGAUGAGAAAAGACGUAAACAUGAUCAGAAGAGAAAAGAGAAGAAAAGGCUAAAAGGGUUGGAGUAAAAUAUAGCAACUUAGAAGCUUACCGGCUGAAAUUUUGUUAAUGCACAGCUCUUAGUUUUGAAUUUUUGUUAAUGCACAACUCUUAAUUUAUGUGUGUAAUGUCAAAGCAUAUUCUUGGCAUCAGAUUAUUAUUAAACAAGGUUAUUUAUCAAGUGAAAGUGCAUGUUUCUGAUAACAUGGCCUCCUUUUGAUGA